UAAGAUGUCUGAUGAUGCUGGUGACACUGUAGCCCCUGGAGACAAAGCAGAAAUUACCGAGAUGCCCAAUAGUGAUUCUUUACCCAAAGAUGCAGAGGUGCACUGUGAUUCAGCUAUGAUUUCAAAUGAGCCAACGCUGGCUGACCCCAGAGGAGAUGCGCAUGAAAAUGCAGCGGUUCAGGUUGAGGAGAUUGCUGACACUGACCAGCCCAAAGACACCAGUGCCAUGGAUCCGCCCCCCAAUGGAGAAGUGACCGAGGAGGUGCUUGCCCAAUGCAUUGAUGCCAUCAGCCUUGAGGCAGAACUUGGACCUGAAAUACCCCUGAAAGAACAGAAUAAUCCGGCUGUGGAUUCCCCUCCACAAGGAGGCGGAUGGGCAGGCUGGGGAUCCUGGGGCAAAUCUCUGCUCUCAUCAGCAUCUGCCACAGUAGGUCACGGAUUGACGGCGGUCAAGGAAAAAGCAGGGGCCCUACGGAUUCAUAGUGUAAAUUCUGGCUCUUCCGAAGGGGCCCAACCUGACACCGAAAAUGGCGUCCCUCCAGCAGCAGAGGCGGCCCCAGAUCAGAGCCCUGAGGAAGGCCCACCCACUUCUCCGUCAUCGGGGUCCCGGGGCAUGCUGUCAGCCAUCACCAAUGUGGUUCAAAACACAGGUAAAAGCGUGUUAACAGGUGGGCUUGAUGCUCUGGAGUUCAUCGGCAAGAAAACCAUGAAUGUCCUCGCAGAAAGUGACCCAGGCUUUAAGCGGACCAAGACACUCAUGGAAAGAACCGUUUCGUUAUCCCAGAUGUUAAGGGAGGCCAAGGAGAAGGAGAAGCAGAGACUGGCGCAGCAGGUCACGGCCGAGAGGACUGCACACUACGGGAUGCUGUUUGAUGAGUACCAAGGUUUGUCACACCUGGAAGCUCUGGAAAUUCUAUCCAAUGAAAGUGAAAGCAAGGUUCAGUCAUUUUUAGCAUCAUUUGAUGGAGAGAAGCUGGAACUCUUAAAAAAUGACCUAAUUUCCAUUAAAGACAUCUUUGCAGCCAAAGAGUUAGAGAAUGAAGAGAAUCAGGAAGAACAAGUUCUAGGCUCGGAGGAAAAGGGAGAAGAAUUUGCGAGGAUGCUUACAGAGCUUCUCUUUGAAUUACAUGUUGCGGCCACGCCUGACAAACUCAAUAAGGCCAUGAAGAAAGCUCACGACUGGGUGGAAGAUGACCAAACCGUGGUGCCGGUAGACGUGGCAGAAGAGACAGAGGAGAACACUAAGAAGGAAGAAAAGGAAGAGAAACCUGAAAAUCCUGAAGAGGGUGAAAAGCAAGAAAGGAGAACUAAGACAGUUGAGGAAAUAUACAUGCUGUCCAUUGAAAGUCUGGCAGAAGUCACAGCACGCUGUAUCGAGCAGCUUCACAAAGUAGCAGAAUUAAUUCUUCAUGGACAAGAAGAGGAGAAAUCAGCUCAGGACCAAGCAAAAGUGCUGAUAAAAUUAACUACUGCAAUGUGCAAUGAAGUGGCCUCCUUAUCAAAGAAGUUUACAAAUUCCUUGACCACAGUUGGGAGCGACAAGAAGGCCGAGGUCCUUAACCCCAUGAUCAAUAGUGUAUUGUUAGAGGGCUGCAACAGCACGACAUACAUCCAGGAUGCCUUCCAGCUGCUGCUGCCCGUUCUGCAGGUUUCCCAUAUCCAGGCCAGCCCUUCAGAAGCACAGCCAUGACCGGACCAGACUCCAUCUGCUUAAAGGAAGCAGCAGGCCCCGUGGCUCUGAUAUAUUUAUCAUUGAAGGUGAUAUUUUCUAUGCAUCUGCCCAUAGACACCGAUUUGAGGACACUACAAGCAAGUUUGCACAGACAGUGUUGAGAAUGCAAGUUUAAAGAGUAUCCUGUCUCUUAAUGUAUAUGGUUGUUCUUACAAAUAAGAGUGUUUUCUUGAUGUUAAUUUAAACUUACUCAGCUUUGUAUUGGUCAUGUCCUUUCAUCUGAAAUUCAUUCACAAAUACUCAUUGCCAUUUUCCUGGUCAAGCAUCCCAUAUUUAGAAAUUCAUGGGCAGACCCUACAUGGUUUUUUUUGACUCUUUAAAUUUCCACCUUUAAAUUUUCCAUUCUUAUAGUAUUAGUUUAAAUCAGUUCUUAUACUGAACUUAAUUUUAUUACAUAAAUGUCAUGGACAAAGAUAACAUUACUUAUAUAUUUACCUGUAAUAUUUAAAGGGAAACAUAAGUAUCUCUUUAGAGCCACUCAUUCUCAAAACAAGCAUUUAUUGAGCUCCUACUGUAUGCUCACAACACGGGAACAUGAUCUCACCCCAAUAGAGAUAGAUUGAAAGAGGGUUUAUAAUCAUUCUUAAACUGCUUUAAAACACUAAUAAAUUUUCUAAACCUUAAAAUAUUUGACAGAACAAGGUAAAUUCAUAGUUUUUAAAAUGUUCUACCCUUCCAUUUAUUCUAUUUUUCUACCCUUUCUGCACUUUUUUAUCCCCAGACUUUGUACAUGGGUGAACAUAUACAUGAAAAGGGGUACUAUAGAGUAUUUGGUUUAAAACUGACUUCUUAUGACUAUAAAUACAUGAUAGCAUAAUUACAAAGCUUGGAAGUAUUCAAUUAGAAAACUAAAGGGAUUCCAGCACAGUAGACCCGUAGGACUGCAUUUUUAAAUCUACUACAGUGGCGUCAGGCUGUUUUAUGAAUACACAGAUCAUGUUCACCAGCAGCAAAUACUAUCAUUGCUUCUAAGGGGCAGGAAACCCUGAUGUGUGGGUUGACUAACUAGUAUAUUGAUCCACGAGAGACUGCACAGAAGACCCUUCAGCUGGGAGAGGCAUCUCCAAUGGGCAUUUCUUUUCCUAAACUCCAUAUGCUCAUUCCGGGUGGGGGUGCUAGUAGAAUGCUUCUGUUUUAGACAUCCUCACAGGCACUGUCACAAGAUGUCUUGCCCAGUGGUUCUCUCCAGGGCAGAUAGAGCCUAUAUUUUUGCAAGUGCGAAAAAUCCUUCCUUUGCAUUUGCUUGUGUUCCCCUGAUAGCCUAGACUGCCUUUGUUCCAUGCAGGCAUUGCAUUUGUCUAUGUUGUGUAUUUCAUUUGUGUAUCUGCUGAAACGGCCAAAUAGAAAACAUAAAAACAAUUUAUUUACAAUCUGGAAAAGAAAUUAUUCAAGGCAUCCAUUAAAGAUGGUGUUGUUGUUUUUUC